CGUGCGUAAAAGAUAUUUUGGAAAGACACUUGGAUAUCCAAAAGUAGACUUUUAAAUACCUACAGCACAAACUGAUCACAGACGGAAACCAUCGCAUUUGAAGACAACCCAAGUGUGUAUCGGUGCAACAUCGAUGAUCUUUGACUGUCUUUUUUACGCCUGAAAACCCGAAGUUUUCUGCUCGAUGAGAACCUCGCACGGCCCUGCUUGACCAGCCUCGGACGACCAGGAGUCACCAAAGCCACAGGUCAAAGAGUUAUUUAUCUUUUGAAUAUAUUCUAGCCAUGUGUGCAUUCAGUAGUUGGAGAUAGAGCUGCAGCAGAAGUCUGGUGUGGUUGUAAGGGGGAGAGGGAGAGAGUGUGCGCGCGCUCUCGCUCAUUAGCCUCACCGGACCACAGGAGGAGGAAAUCUGGGAGAGAGGGGGAAGAGAAGCGGCGUCUCCAAGGAUGACUUUAGGGACGGAUAUGUCCGACAGCUCUGCAUUGUCCGAAGAUGUGGACAUCGAUGUGGUUGGGGGUGACAUAUCCGUCGGAAAGGACGGAAAGUACAUUCACCACGAGUUCAACUUGGACAAUGACUCGGACGAUAAUUACUCCCAGAACGCGGCCGAGAGGAGUUCCUCUCCCGGUCUCAGCAGCUCCGACUGCCCGUCAGACCAGAUGGGAUCCAGCGCAGACGCCGGGACCGUGAUUGGGGACAAACCCAGAAAAAGUGCACUUGUGAAGCCACCUUACUCUUACAUCGCCCUUAUCACCAUGGCCAUCCUGCAGAGCCCCAAGAAACGCCUCACUCUCAGUGAGAUCUGCGAGUUCAUCAGCAACAGAUUCCCUUACUACCGGGAGAAAUUCCCUGCAUGGCAAAACUCAAUUCGCCACAAUCUUUCCUUAAACGACUGCUUCGUGAAAAUCCCACGGGAGCCCGGCAACCCAGGAAAGGGCAACUACUGGACCCUCGACCCGGACUCCGCAGACAUGUUCGACAACGGGAGCUUCUUGCGCAGGAGGAAGCGCUUCAAGAGGCACCAAACUAAUGAAAUCCUCAGGGACUCCGGUGGCUUCCUACCCGGGUUUGGAUACGGUCCGUAUGGAUACAACUAUGGACUUCAGCUGCAGAACUUCCACGCAGCUCACAACCCGUAUCACCCACACCACACAGGUGGUUCAUUCCCGUUCCCUAACGCCCCCUGCACCUUGCCCUCAUCAGCCUCCAUAUUCCCUGCGCCGCAUCCCCUGCCCACCCUUUUAGGGGCCGACUUAAGAAAGCCCUUUUAUCCCCAACUAAGCCCGUCUCUGCCACCUCUCAAGACGGACUCCAGCACCCCGAGUCGGCCUUCAUUCUCCAUUGACAAUAUCAUCGGUGCGGCCAACUCCACCGCCUCUUCCUACAGCGCGCAGCCGGGCAGCCAGGCUCAGAUCCUGGCCAUGUUGACCCCAGCACUGGCCUCUGCUUCCAGUCAUUUGAACCUAUCACAGGACAGCAUAUUACACUCUGCUCCACAGAGUGAGACAUUUUCCAGCAAAACCCCGAAUAUGAACACUUGUCCUUUCUAAAAAAAAACCCAAAACAAAACAAAAACAAAACAAAACAAAAAAUGGACCGCUGAAAAUCUUUUAUUAAAAAGCCAAUUGUGGCGUCGUCCUAUGUGAAGGUAGGCUGAACAUUAUUGCGUGUUUUGGCUCUCCUAACGAUGUAAGAGGAGAGAAAGGUUUAUUUAUGACUUGUAAAUAUGUGUAUAAUAUUGAGAGACAAAAACGAGAGAAACUCGGAGGGAUCUUUUUAAAAACAAUGCUGGCCUGUAAUCUGGCUUGUGGCCUUCACUUGACAGUGGGAGGAAAAAGAAAAUGAUCCUGUUAUUUUAUAAGUUAAAAGGUGUCACCCAUGGCU